AUGGGCCGGCGGCACUUUAUCUUUGGCCCGGAUCCUCGCACGGCAGAUUCCACUGAGGUGCCUUCAGCUCUGGUGGACGCGGAGAAGGUCCAGUCAAGGCGUCACUUCCCUCCGUCGCAGGAGGCCUCAAAGGGUGGCACUGCAGACUGCCUAGAGAUCUACUCAAAGAAGCACUGUCCUCCGCCAUCUGCGGAGCAGAGCGAUGGAGCAAGCUCUGGUGUGAGGCGGUUUGACGCUGUGAAGCACAAGCAGUACGAUGAAGAGGUUAAAGACUCCAAAGAAGGACGUCGGCAUGUGCCCGGGCCUUCAAGCCAAUUGGAUGCUGCGUUGCAGGUGAAAGGACGAGAGAGCCGGCGGUGCCGCCAGGCUUUCGAAGGCUCCUCCGGGCAGGCGAGUCUGGGGCGGGAGACGGGGGUCUGGGAGCCGGGGCAGUCUGACAGCCGGACGCAGCGGCGCUACAUCCAGCCUCAGGACCAUCUGCAAUGGAGCGGGGCGGUGCCUGGUCAAUUCCCCGACUCCAAGCCACAGGGGAUCCGUUGCAGCUCCACGUCUCCGACUUACCUGGACGUCAACGCAGCGACUGCGCUUGGUUCUGGUGCUCCAGAGGCAGCAUCCUCAACGGCCUUAGUCUGCUUCGGGCCAAGGUCGCAGACACCACGCAAGCGCCGAGUCGGGGUCCAGGCGGACAACCUCGUCGGAGGAACUCUGCGAGGUCCAGCAUCCAGCAAGGUCGGAGAGAUCAGACCUUCCAGGCGACCUGUGGAUCAGGGUACGAGCUUGCUUGGAGGAUACCUGAGGUCCUCAUCCGAGGUGGAUAGAGCACCAUCGCCCUUGCCGCAACGGCCGCAGGACAAUCUUGCCGGCAGUGCAUGUCUUCCCACAGUGAGGGCGAACUAG